AUGGCGUUGGACGUUUUCCUUAUUCCAAAAUAUGAUCUCGGUCUAAUCAUCAAGAAGGAUACCGUAGUAAGCGUGAAAUGGGACAGUCCCUGCCUCGGAAUAGUUCAGUCUGGAGAUAUUUUAUAUGCAAUCAAUAAGGAAAUAUUCUCUGAAGAGCCUGCCAAGAAUAAGGGCACUCUAGCAAAACUCAAUCAGAGCGGAGGAAAGUUUACAAUAAGUGUGGUCAGAUUUAAACGACGACCUACAAUAAAACCGUUACUUCCAAAGGGCUAUGCUCCCAUUGAAGGCUUCGUAUACGAGUGGACAGUACUUUAUCUGAUGCGUGGAAUGGCUUUAGGAUUGGAUGUGCGGGUCAUUGACAAAAAGAUAUAUGUCGCCAAUUUGUUGCCAGAUAGCAUAGCUGCCAUGUCAUUGCUCAUUGGAGAGUGUAUUGUAGAUGUGGAUGGAGAACUAGUUACAACAAUACCACAGAUGACCAAUUCAAUGGUUAAAUCGUUGGAGAAAAAUGGUCAGGUACGGCUACUGGUGGAGUCUCCCGGAAAUGACAUGCUACGAAAUAUGCUUAGAGCAAAAAUCGCUGCCGCUGUUGGACCAACGGAGCAGAAGGAUUUGCCGCUUCCACCAGAGACGAGACCAUGGUGUGAAAGAGGCCUUAGUGCUUUGAAGGAAAAGGAUCCGAAGCCAGUUUAUCGUGAAGCCAAAGGCAAGUCCAGCAAAUCCAGCAAAUUAUCGAAGCAAAGAAAUACACAUUUCAAUGAGAAAACAGUUGAACAUGGUUAUUACGAGGAUCUACAGACUAGUCUUAUUGUUAAGGUCCCACCUCCACGAACAUCCACAGAUAACCAGCCAGCGUAG